AUGUGUCCAAAGCAGAAAAAAACCCAGGCCAACAGGAAAUAUGCGAUCGUUUACAUCUAUAUCAUCCUAUGCCUUAUUCUAUUGAUCUACAGUAUCGUCAUCAUUGCGGUUAGUGUGAAUCUACUCCUUGUAUCUCUUGAUAAAUUCGAACCCUUGUUUCGUAACAGUGACCCGCAGCCGCCGCUCUCUCUUGUACAAACAGCUAGCUUUAUUAUAGGAUUUAAUUUCGUGAAUAGCUGUCUUUUACUCUGGGGGUUUUCAGUGAUACCGAAAACUUCGAAUUUGGAUUCAAACAAGAAAAAGACGAAGCAGUAUUUCGUUUUCGUUUUACUCUGCCUCACGUUCAGCCUUGGAUAUUUGGCGAUUUUCGUGGUCUGUAUCAUUCAUCGCUUGUACAUCAUGGAAAAUACCGGCAGUAUUCUUGUAUACGCCAUGAAGCAUUAUAGUGUGGAUUCUUCUAUGAAAAAUACCCUCGAUAAAUUGCAGAUAUACUACAGCUGUUGUGGGGAUGUAGGAUAUUCCGACUGGAUUUUAUUAUCUCAUCGGACCCAGAACACCUACAAAAAGAAAGUUAUUAUCCCACCAUUUAGUUGCUGUUCCAACCGUGACAUUGACGUGUGUAGUAAAAAUGCUUUCUCGAAAACUUUGACUAAAAUGAUAAAUGAAAAUAUGGUUUGGAAUAUAAAUGGCUGUAGCGAAAUAAUACGAAACGCUUUUGGAAAUUGGCAGUUAUUCUUGAUCGGCAUCACAUCUUUGAUGGCUUUCUUUCUUCAAGUUGUGGCCAAUGUUAUUGGUUUAAUGAUCUAUUGCAAUGCGGAGAACCAGCCACCGGCACUGGAUUGCAACCUUGAGAUGGAGAUUUUGUCGAGCGAAGAUGAUGACAGGAAUAACUUUGUCCACAGAACAAUCAGUGAACGACGAUACGACUGGAAAAAUAAUUGCUACGAUGAGUCCAACGUUUUAGGAUACUGUUCCAUUCUGAGCACACCACCCGAAUAA